AUGUUUGGAGGAGGUAUGUUUGGGAACUAAAAUACAAGCUAAUUGACUGGAGGAAUUGGAUCACUAUUAGGUACGAUAUUUUAAGACAAUUAAGGUCAACAAUAGCAAUCAACAUUUGGAGCACCAUCAGGAGGAUUAUUUGCAAAUCCUGCACCAUAAUAAGGAUUAUUUGGUUAAGCCCAAGGUGCAUAAGGACAACCAGGAUUUGGUGGAUUAAUUGGAGGUUAAAUGCCAUAAGGAGGACUAGGUGGAGGCCUUGGAGGAGGACUUGGUGGAGGAUUAGGACUUUAAUCAUAAACUCCAAACACAUUUAGUACUACAGGUGGCUUAGGAUAAACUUCAGUAUUAGGGUAAUAACCUUCUAAUUUUGGUGGCUUAAGUGGAGGAUUAGGUACAGGAUUAGGUGGAAACCUUGGGAAUGGAUUUGGAUAAUAAACAGGAAUGGUAGGUUAAGCACCUUAAACAGGAGGUUUAUUUGGUUAAUAAACUUAAAAUUAAGGAGGAUUGUUUGGAUAAUAAUAAUAAUAACAAUAAUAAUAAUAAUAGCCAAUGCUAUUUGGGUAAUAAUAGCCAUAGCAACAAGCAACAGGGUUAUUUGGUACUUAAGGAUCUGCUCUUCAACCCUAUGGAUAAUAAUAAUAAGGAGGCUUAUAUGGAUAGACACCUUAAUAAACAUAACAGGCAGGAUAUGGAUAUGGAUAAUAAACAACUACUCCUUCAUUUGGAGGGACAUCUCUUUUUAAUUAGUAAUAACCACAAUAAUAGGGUCAAAAUGUUUUAGCUAUUGGAGGAGGAUUAGGUUAGCAAGGUUAACCUGGUAAUCAAAUUGCAUUGCCAGGAGGUGUAGAUGAUUCAGUUAAUGAUGUAACUUUAGAAUAAAGAGUUAGAUUGGAAGAUACAGUAUCAGCUAUAUGCUGGGGAACAACAAUGCCUAAUUUCCUUGCGAUAUCUUCUUGGGAUGGAAAAGUCAGAAUAUUAGAAAUCCAACAGAAUUAAUAUAAAAGGGAAUUAUUUGAAAGAAGAUCAUUUUAAGUUGAUGGAUAAGUAGGAUAAGUUAAAAAUCCUAUAAUUUGUAUGGAUGUAAAAGGAGAUUUAUCUUAAGUCUUUGUUGGUUGUGGAUUUGAUCACACAGUGAAAGUUAUUGAUAUUAACUCAGGUUAAAUUGCUUCAAUAGGACAACAUUAAGCUUUAAUAAUUUCUGUUUAUUGGAUAGAAUCUGUUUAAAUGAUAUUAUCUAUCUCUACAGAUUAAUCAUUAAAAAUGUGGGAUGUCAGAGCUCCAGGAUAACCAAGAUUUUAAUGUCAAUUUUAAUUCAAACCACUUGUUUCAGAUUUAAAUUUCCCAUUAUUAGUAAUUGGAUUUGCAUCUGAAAAAUUAACAAUCAUAAAUUUGAAUGAAUUAUAAUAAUUACCAGGAAGAUUUUAAUAUAUUGAUUCACCUCUGGGAACCUAUUCAUAAAUAACUGCAAUUACAAUUUUUCCAUCAAGAGAUGGAUUCACUUUAGGUUCAAUUGAUGGUAGAGGACAUUAAACUAAUAUAACAACUAAAUCAAAUUAAGGUAUGCCUACUGAAUAUUAAUUAAAAUCAAUCAUGACUUUUAAAGCUCAUAAAGUAUAUAUAUAAUUUUUAUUUUAGGUUGAAGAUAAUUAAAAAGGAAAAAUUCAAAACUAUUUCUUUCCUGUAAAUUCUAUCUAGAUGAAUAUCAAAAAUAAUCAUUUUCUUAUGACUGCAGGAGGAGAAGGUUAGAUGAUCUUUUGGGAUAUUAAUAUAAGGAAUAAAAUUAGAACAUUUCAAUUUAAUUGUAAUCCUAUAGUAUGUGCUAAAAUGAGUCCUGAUGGUUCCAUACUAGCAUAUGCUUUAGGAAAUGAUUUUUCAAAAGGUCCUGAAUAUUUUAAUGAAUUUUAACCUAAAAUUUUUGUUCAUUUCAUACCAGAUAAUGAAUUAAAGUACCCUAAAAAUUGA